AUGUUGCUAAAGUCAUGUCAAAUGUGUUGUGAUACAGAAUACAUAUUUAAGAGAUGAAAUUAAUCCAAGCUAUAUCCUGAGUGCUUAAGAAUGCAUUGAGAAGAUGCAGAAACUCUUCGUCUUUUAUGCUUAUAAUGAUUAAUUGCUGUCAGGAUUAACUGACCAGUACCGGAUAAUUGUGAGAAGGUAGUUACGUUCUCAGAAGGAAGGCUUGUUAGGUCACAGGUUGAAAACUCUGUUAAAUUUAUGUUAAAUAAUUAUCUUGCUUGAUUAGAAUGGAUGGGAUGAAAUUAUAAUGAAAAAAUACAAAGGAAAUGUUCAUACCAUACUGUUGUGUUCUUCUUCCACCUGUGACAGCACGUUCCAGACCAAUAUAUGUAAUCAGCUGCAAAAAAAUUAUAUUACCCUAUAACUCUCUUGCUUUUGCAGUGAUUUUGAUUUCUGUGAGUAGGUUAUUAACUGAUAACAUUGAUAUCCCUUCUACUGAGGGCUAUAUGGCAUUGUUGGUCAUUUUUGAAUAACUUACAAGCAAGAAUUCAACAAAUCAUGUUUUUUUUUUUUUAAUGUAGAUUUGCCAAUUUUUAGAUGUCUGUUGAAUAUCAAGUGGCCGAAACAAAAUAUACAUACCAAGUUUUUUAGGUAAAUCUUACCAAUGUACUUGUAUGUCCCCAUUGGCUACUUUACUUCUAGAGGGCCUCCUUGCCAAUUGGUGCUCUAGCAAAGAUAUAUUUUCCUAAUCAGCUCACCAUGGUGCAAAACCCAAAGUUGGUCCUUCUCUUCAGUGGGAAACGGAAAUCUGGGAAAGACUAUAUUACAGAUCUUUUGCAAGAACGAUUGGGUGAUGCAGUAGCCAAGACGGUGCGUUUGUCCGGUCCCAUCAAACAGCAGUUUGCUGCAAACAACGGCCUCGACUAUUCCAGCUUGCUCAGUGCUUCAGAAUACAAGGAGAAGUACCGUCUACAGAUGAUUGAGUGGAGUGAAGCGAAGAGAGCUGAGGAUUCAGGAUUUUUCAUUAGAGCUGCAAUUGAGAUGUAUGAAGGUAGUUUGAAAUGAGC